CCCUACCCGCGCCGAGCAGCGGACUGAAACCACACCUCGCCGCCGCUUAUCCCGAGUACCAACCGAAACGCGCGGCCCCCAUGGCAUCCGCCGUUUCGCUCCUCCUCCUCUCGUCCCCGCGCCCGCUCCACCGCACAUCCGGCCACCUCCUCUGCAGCCCCCGCCGCCGCGCCCUCCCACCUCCACCGUGCCCCGCCCGAUCCCCGCGCCGCCUCCUCGCCGCCCCGCCGCGCGCCUCCAACAACAACGACAACAGCGGGGCCGUGGAGGCUCCCGACCGCCUCGUGGCCGCGGUCGCCUACCUCUACCCGUUCCUCGACGGCGCGCACCACGGCCGCUUCCUCCUCGCGCAGUUCCCCUUCUUCAGCGCGCUGCUCCGCCCGCUGGGCCCCGCGGCGCGCCUCUUCCACUCCUCGCCGCUCACGCCCUUCCUCCUCUUCCUCACGCUCUACUUCGCCGUCGUGCGGAACCAGCAGGCCUUCUCCCGCUUCGUCCGCUUCAACGCCAUGCAGGCCGUCGUGCUCGACGUGCUGCUCAUCUUCCCCGACCUGCUCGCGCAGUCCUUCGCGCCAUCCGGCGGGGUCGGAUUCGAGAUCUUCCAGAGCAUGGAGAGCACGGUGUUCCUCUUCCUGCUCGUCUGCUUGGUCUACGGCGGGGGCGCGUGCCUGCUCGGGAAGACGCCACGGUUGCCUAUCGUCGCGGAUGCAGCCGAGCGCCAGGUGAUGUGACUACAGUUCGCUUGAAUCAUGCUGAUGAGAAGGGAAAGGGGAUCUGUGACUCACAGUGACAUCUCAAUUUCUCAAUGAUUUACUGGCGCUUGCUGCAAAUCACAAGCUUAGUAUAGUUUACAUUGUCCAUAGCUCUAGCUACCAAUUUAAUGGAUGAAUUGUGGAAGGUUGACACAGUGACGUUGCAACCUAGUCUACUACCAUAUUUGUUGAAUUGACAAAUUUUGAGAGAGCAAUACAUAUACACUGUUUUUACAAUCUGAA